AUGUUUCUCAUCUACCGUCUAUGUUUCCCCACUCUGGCUCACCAGUCACCCAGUGCAGGACCUGUGCUGGUGGGGAUCUGUGUUAGCUCUAUCCUUUUCGGAGUUUUAUCUUUGCAAGUCUACUUCUAUCGAAAGAAGUUCCAGAAAGACAAACUCGUUUUACAAUGCCUCGUUGCUGCGGUUUACAUCGGAGAGGCUACACAAAUAGCUUUCGCUCUCAUGUUCGGCUGGGACAUGCUUGUUACUGGUUGGGGGGUACCUGGAGCCCUCGAAACAUAUACAUGGCCUGCAUCGGCCCAUGUCAUACUAUCGGCUCUAUUGUCCGGGACGGUGCAAUUUUUUUUCGCAUGGCGUGUGUAUUCGUUGCGUAGAGACAGUAUCGUCGUACGAAUUGUUGCGGUUGUCAUUGUCCUGGCUGCUCUAAUGCAGGUUGUCUGUGGCAUCGUUGGACCGAGCUUUUUCAUUCAAGGACUAUCUAAACCUUACCUAGUCAACCUGAAACAACUUUCAGACUGGGGCGAGGCAUGGCUCAUUGGAAGUUUGAUUUGCGAUCUUAUUAUUGCAACUGCUAUGACAUGGAUCCUCCUGGAUUAUAUCCGCGCCUCUACAGUUUCACGUACCCGGAAUCUGAUUAAAACCCUCAUCUUAUACAGUGUUGAAACAGGCACAGUGACCUUCACCGCUGCGUUGCUCGACGUGAUUGUCUUCACGGUCUUCAUAGACAACUAUCUGCAUCUAUGCUUUACUUUCAUACUAUCGAAAUUGUAUUCCAAUGCACUAUUGGCGAACCUCAACGCAAGACAAGCAGCCGGCAGCAAUGACUCCAAUGUCAUCUCGUUAGGCACAAUGAGGGGGCCGACCGUCACGGAAUAUUCUUCACAAAACACUCAUAACGGGGGAUUCUCAGCCUUUCAAAUUUCUACUACUCGUAUCGUAGACGAUGGGACUGGCAGUGCUCAAGCUUCAAAGGGAGAUGUGAAAAAUGGAGAACAAGUCCACUUUCGCUCUGAGGUCUAA